CUUCUGGUAAAGGAACCCCAGUAGAGAAGGGCUAAUUUGUCUCCUUUAAUUGAUCGGAUGGGUCCGAGGAAAAGGAAGAACGAGGAUGCUUUGGAGGAUGAAAAAGAAGUUGAUAACAUCACCAAGAAGGAGGAAGCCGUGGAGGAGGAGAGAGGGGGGAGAAAAAGGAGUCGUGGGAAUAAAUACAUUGGUGCUCAUGUUGGAAUCCAAGGUGGGAUCUGGAAAGCAGUGGAGUCCUGUGUAGAGAUGGGUGGGUACAGUUUUGCCCUGUUCCUGGGCUCUCAGCGGUCCUGGAAGAGGCCUGCACUGGACCAGAAAGCUGCAGAAAAGUUUCAGGAGCAACGUUGUCAGCAUGGGUUUGAUCCUGCGCACAUCCUGCCUCAUGGGUCCUACCUGAUGAACUGCGGAUCUCCUAAAGAUGAUGUCUUUGAAAAGAGCCAGGCCUUGCUGGUGGACGAGCUCAACCGCUGCAGCCUCCUGGGCCUCAGUCUCUACAACUUCCAUCCUGGAUCCUCUUUGGGCACCAUCACCACUGAGCAGUGUGUUGAGAAAAUAGCUGGAGCUAUAAACCAUGCUCACCAGCAGACACCUUCUGUAGUCACAGUGUUGGAGAACAUGAGUGGCCAGGGCAGCACGGUGGGAGGGAAGUUCUCUGAGCUGAAGAGCAUCAUCCACAAAGUGCGAGACCAGACUAGAGUGGGAGUGUGUCUGGAUACCUGCCACGCCUUUGCAGCAGGGUACGACCUGGCUGCAGAGGGAGGAGUGACAGCCAUGCUGGAUGAGUUUGAUCAGGAAGUCGGACUUCACUAUCUCAGAGCAAUCCACCUGAACGAUUCCAAAGGUAAGCUUGGCUGUCACCUAGAUCGGCAUGAAGAUAUUGGUAAGGGCAACAUUGGAAUCUCUGCAUUUCGAGACAUUGUCAAUGAACCCAGACUGGACAACAUCCCUCUGAUCCUGGAGACCCCUGGACGGCCGGGAUUUGAAUAUCCGGAGCAAAUAGAGCUCCUGUAUUCCCUCUGUGAGACCAAGUAAAGCUGCUUUAUUAAAAGAAACGGACGUCACACAAAUGUGAUGAAGCACACUGAGGACACUUUUCUAAAUGAAAAGAUGUUUUUUUUUUCUUUGAGCUAAAUAAUAAAUGUUUUGGUAAAACGUU